GAAGGCGUGCAGAGUGAAGAGUGUCACCGACAAACAUACGCGUCAUUCAGUGUAGCCUGGAUCUUUAAUGCAGGAGCCGGACGCGCCACUUCUGAUAUGGACGUGUAGCGACGGUUGUUAUCGUUUCUGGUACUGAAGAGGAUGGGAGCAGUGAGCGCUCACUGGAGGAGAUGUCAUUCGGUCGACUCCUGCGACGUGCAUCAUCCAAAGCCUCGGACUUUUUGACGUUUAACGUGGGCACGGGGGGAUCACGGACCGUGCUGGAUGGAGAGAUCAUCUUCUCCAAGAACAAUGUGUGUGUGCACCCGGCCGAGCCCCUGCCUGGACUGCCUGAACAUCACCCAGGUUACCUGUGUGUGCACCUGGAGAAGGACGAGACCCUCGGCUCCACCCUCAUCCUCACCUGGGUGCCCAACUCUCGCAUCCAGCGGCAGGACGAAGAGGCGCUCCGUUACAUCACGCCCGAAAGCUCACCUGUCCAUCGCAACCCCCGACGCCGAGCCCACCGGAGCCACUCUCGCCCGCCGCCCGCCCCUGAGGAGGAGGAGGACGAAGAGCCGGCUUUACAGAACCAGCAGCUUUUGGAAGAGGGCGAUGAAGGCUCCUGCGAGCUCUCUGCGGACGAGGUGAGUCGCGACAGCACCCUCGGCUCGGACUCGGACACCUUCUCCUCGCCCUUCUGCCUGUCUCCGGUCAGCGAGGCUCUGGGCGAGAGCAGCAGCUCGGUCUUCCUUGAUAAUGAGAGCAGGGAGUGCGAUGAACCCAUGGCUCACUCGGCAAGCUCCGCCUCCAGCCUGGACAGUCACGCCCCCUCCGACAUCAGCCAAUCACAGGGAGUUCGGUGGGAGGAGCAGCAGAAAGUCAUGGCGUUAGAGCACCUGUGUGGGGUGUUCAGAGUUGACCUGGGUCACAUGAGGUCACUGCGUCUGUUCUUCAGCGAUGAGGCCUGUACCUGUGGGCAGCUGGUCAUCGCCAGCAGAGAGAGCCAGUAUAAGAUCCUUCACUUCCACCAUGCGGGGCUGGAUAAACUGGCCGAGGUGUUUCAGCAGUGGAAAUGCUGCAGGGAGACACAGCUCAAAGACCAGGUGUCGGAUGAGAAGUCGUGCAUGCAGUUUUCUAUCCGUAGACCCACGUUACCGUCUGCCGAGAUGCACCCAGAGGAGCGCCUGUAUCGGCGGCUGGACGUCAGCUCUUGGCUCCGGCAUCUGAACAACAGUGGCCAGGUGGUGGAGGACUACAAGCUCAGGAAGGCGAUCUUCUUCGGGGGCAUCGAUCCGUCCAUCCGUGGCGAGGUGUGGCCCUUCCUGCUGCACUACUACAGCUACGACUCGUCCUCUGAGGAGCGGGAAGCCUGGAGACUGCAGAAGCGUGUGGAGUACCAGGAGAUCCAGCAGAGGAGGCUGUCCAUGAGUCCAGAAGAGCACAGUGAGUUCUGGAGGAAGGUCCAGUUCACUGUUGAUAAAGAUGUUGUCAGAACUGACCGAAGCAACAUGUUCUUCAGGGGAGAGAACAACCCCAAUGUAGAAAUCAUGAGACGUAUCCUGUUGAACUAUGCUGUGUUUAACCCAGACAUGGGCUACUGUCAGGGCAUGUCAGAUCUGGUGGCUCCUCUUCUGACGGAGAUCCAGGAUGAGAGCGACACGUUCUGGUGCUUCGUGGGUCUCAUGGAGAACACAAUCUUCAUCAGUUCCCCUAGAGAUGAGGAUAUGGAGAGGCAACUGAUGUACCUAAGGGAGCUCUUGCGGUUGAUGCUGCCUCGCUUCCACCAGCAUCUGACCCGGUUGGGUGAGGAUGGGCUUCAGUUGCUGUUUUGCCACCGUUGGGUUCUCUUGUGUUUCAAACGCGAGUUCCCUGAUGCCGAAGCCCUGCGCAUGUGGGAGGCCUGCUGGGCACACUAUCAGACGGACUACUUCCACCUGUUCCUGUGUGUAGCCAUCAUUGUGCUGUACGGUGAUGAUGUCACAGAGCAGCAGCUUGCUACAGAUCAAAUGCUGCUGCACUUUAGUAACCUCUCCAUGCACAUGAAUGGAGAACUGGUGCUGAGGAAGGCACGUAGUCUGCUCUACCAGUUCCGUCUUCUUCCCAGAAUUCCCUGCAGCUUGCACGACCUGUGUAAACUGUGCGGGCCCGGAAUGUGGGAUAGCCGUUACAUCCCGGCCAUAGAAUGUUCCGGAGAGCAUCCCGACUCUCAGAGCUGCCCCUAUGGAGGCACCGCCACCCCCGAGAGCCCACCCUUACCCAGUCCCAACCAGCCCAACCAGGGCAAGAGGGGCUCCAAGACACGAGACAUUUUCACUUUCCGCAAGCACUCUUGACUCCAGCACGCCUCAGGAACGCUGUUACCCAUAAGGCUUAGCCUCUGAGCCGCCAUUCAGAGUGCUGGAAUUUCAGGUUCGUCACAGCUGUACUCGACGUCUGCCGUGAAACACUGCCUCGUGCAUCGAUGCGUUCUGGGGUUCCUAUGUUGAUGGCCUCUUUUGGAGGUUGAGGAACAUCAUUAACUUGUGUCACAUCAAUAAUUCAAAAGUACAAUUAUCACAAUCAAUCAAGUGUUAGUCUUCAUCCAUCUUUCAUGAUGUCACAUCUUGCAAACUGACAUCUCAGAAUGUUUUUGCCUUUGUUUUGUUUUUUUAUAUCUACUAUGUAUGCAUGUGUUAAUGUUUGUGUGUGGUAUGUCGAAGGAAGUUUGUGUUUUCAGUUUAGUUUCGGUUUGAUCACUUUUUUUAUUUCUAUUGUGUGCACUCCUUGCCUAUGAAGCAAACCAUCAUCCAAAAUGAAGUGGGAUGCUGUUAUCAAUGGCUCUCUGAUAUUUACGAUCAUCUGUGCCUUUCAUAUCCUCACAAUAAAUAUGAUGUAUAGAUGAGAAAA